CAAUUUCUGCCUCUCUUUUGGGGGAGGAGGAGGGGCGAUUAUAGAGAUAGUUAAUGUCUGCCGUAUAAGAAACAUUAUUAAAGUUACUCUCCGGUCCUUUCCCUUCUUGAUAAACAAUUCCUGCUCCUUCCUCUCGAAUUCUGUUUUUCCAUUCCUUAAGUCACUUUAAUGGCUCUUCAAUACAACAAAUAUUUACUGAGUGUUUACUAAGUACCAGGCACCUAUGCUCAGCGCCGUGGGGGAUGAACACAUGAGGGGAAUGUAGUACCCUCCCUGGAGGAGAUUGUAAUCCAGACAGGGACUGCAAAUUUGACAAGUUUGUCUUCUGCUCUGAGCUACCGGGCCCUACCAGGAGCUCCAGGGCCAGCUGGGACCCAUCCCUUUGGAGCAGCUGCUUCAGACUAGGCUAGGAAGCACUGAGCUCUAGUGGUCAAGGGAGCCAUGGAGGAGAGAGCUGGUCAGCGAGAGCAAGACAGACCCAGCCUUCGUCUGGAAAAGCUACAGCACUGGGCCAGGCACAGGCAGAGUGGGCACCUCUUGGUGCUGGCGGUGAGCCAGCUAUGGCUGGCAGUGGCUGUGGUGCCCUUUGCUAUCUCAGUUGCCUGCCUGAACUCUGCUUGUCACAUGGCCACAGCACUGCCACUUGGGCCUGGCGUACUGGGUCUCCUCACUGGGAUUGUAACCCUUGAGCUGCGCAGAGCACCCCGUCUCUGGAAGCUAGCCGGCUUGCUGGUGCUGGAGCUCAGUGCUGAGGCCUUCACCCUAGGGGGAGUGCUGGUCUCAGCAUACUCCCUGUUCCUGCUGAGCCAGAGGAAGCCAGGAUGCUGCCGGAGCCAGAGUCUGCACUACCAGGAGCUGCAGGAGGGUCUCUCAGAAUUAGAGGAAGUUCCUGAUUUGGAGACUGGUCCCACGGUGGCUAGCAGAGCAAACAGAACAAAUGAGUGA